AGGCGUGCCCAGCAGGGGGAAGGGCCUCUGCAGGGCCCCGGGGACCGGGAACGCCGCUCUCACGGAGAAGCUGCACGGCCCGAUACCCGCCCUAAGGCGCUGCUGGGUCUUUACAGAAGCAACCAGAACCCGUGAAGGAGAUCUCAAGGGGCGCAUGCCCUUAUCGGGGUCACCGGCCCGGUGGCUUCGGAGCGGACGCACGACUAUUUUGCCAACCAUGGCAUCUGGAGAUGACAGUCCUAUCUUUGAAGAUGAUGAAAGCCCUCCUUAUAGCCUGGAAAAAAUGACAGAUCUCGUAGCCGUUUGGGAUGUUGCUUUAAGUGAUGGAGUCCAUAAGAUUGAGUUUGAACAUGGCACCACAUCAGGCAAACGAGUGGUAUAUGUAGAUGGGAAGGAAGAGAUAAGAAAAGAAUGGAUGUUCAAACUAGUGGGCAAAGAAACUUUCUGCGUUGGAGCUGCAAAGACAAAAGCAACCAUAAAUAUAGAUGCUGUCAGUGGCUUUGCGUAUGAAUAUACUCUGGAAAUUAAUGGCAAAAGUCUCAAGAAGUAUAUGGAGAACAGGUCGAAGACUACCAAUACCUGGGUAUUACAUUUGGAUGGUGAGGACUUUAGAGUUGUGUUGGAAAAGGACACUAUGGAUGUAUGGUGCAAUGGUAAAAGAAUGGAGACAGCAGGUGAGUUUGUAGAGGACGGGACUGAAACUCACUUCAGUGUUGGGAACCAUGACUGUUACAUAAAGGCUGUCAGUAGUGGGAAGCGGAAAGAAGGGAUUAUCCAUAGUCUCAUUGUGGAUAAUAGAGAAAUUCCAGAGAUCCUUGAAUGACUUCAUGUUAGUGAAUUUUAAUCUUAACAAGUAAAAGAUGAAGACUUUUAAAUUACUGUGGUAAUUAAAUAUGUUCAAUAUGUACUUUUCAGUACACUUAGUCUGCCAGGUGUUUAUUUUUUAGAUACUUGAAACUGUAAUAUUUUAAGAGUCAAAAAAAAAAAGAAAUAUGUACAAUCUUAAAAAUUGCGAUUUAUUUUAUAAAUAAUGUAAAAUGUUUUAAAGCCAAAUGGAAAAAAAGAUAUGGACCAAAAUCACCAAUGUUUUACAAGAGGAACUUUUACUAUAAUAAAUACUAUAAAAUAAAA